AUGGCCUUCUCGAUCCUACUGCUGGUGGUGGCCGGACUGGCACGGGCUCUUCGUUAUGACCCGGCCUUUGAGGAGUGGAAUCUCAACACUAACCAGCAAGCGACAAAUCCUUUAGAUUAUACAGGGACGCGACCGGGGCACGACUACACGGCAUCGCCUGAUAAUUGGCGGUUUCCGUUCUACACAGUGAUGCUGGAUCGGUGGGUCAACGGGGACCCGUCUAAUGAUAACGCGAACGGCACUUUAUUCGAGCAGGACAUCUUGGGUACACAACUACGGAAUGGUGGAGAUGUUCAGGGUCUGGUCGACAGCCUGGAUUAUAUUCAGGGUUUUGGCAUCCGAGGAAUAUACCUCGCCGGAUCGCCGUUCAUUAAUCAACCAUGGGGUUAUGAUAUGUACUCGCCACUCGACUUGACACUCCUUGAUGCCCACCUCGGCAAUAUCACAAUCUGGCAAAAUGCUAUCGAUGAGAUCCACGCUCGGGGAAUGUACGUGAUAAUGGACAACACAAUGGCCACUAUGGGGGACUUGAUCGGCUUUGAAGAUCAUUUGAACGUCUCAGCUCCAUUUGAAGAAGGGGAAUACAAAGCGCUCUGGAAGACGGAGCGCCAAUACCACGAUUUCGAAUUUGGUAACGACUACAACGAAACCUGCGAGUAUCCUCGCUUCUGGGGGGCCGCGGGUGACCGCGUCCCGGCGGCCGACAUCACCGCCCUCAAAGGCUGUUUUAAUAGCGACUUUGAUCAGUAUGGCGACGUUGAAGCCUUUGGUUUCCACCCAGACUGGAAGAGGCAGCUGUCCAAGUUCGCUUCCGUCCAAGACCGCCUCCGGGAAUGGGUCCCUUCUGUGCGUAAGCGCUUGGAGGUAUUGUCGUGUCUGCAAAUCACCAUGCUGGACAUUGACGGGUUUCGUUUCGACAAGGCCGCCCAAGUCACGGUCGAUGCCCAGGGCAACUUUUCAGCUGCGAUGCGGGAAUGCGCUGCUGGCGUGGGGAAGAAGGACUUUUUCUUACCCGGCGAGAUUACGGCUGGAAAUAACCUUGGGUCCAUAUAUCUCGGGAGGGGACUAGAAGCAGAUUCGAAAUUCAUUCAGCUUGACGAGGCCCUCAAUGCGACGGGUAAUGAUUCUCGAUAUAUCCGAGAUCCGGGACAGAAUGCCCUCGACGCCUCCGCAUUUCACUACUCGGUGUUCCGUUUUCUCGUCCGGUUUCUGGGCAUAAGCGGCCCAAGCCUCGAGAGCGGCUACGAUGUUCCCACGGAUUGGGUCAGCAUGGUCAACCAGAUGUUGCUUACCAACGACCUAGUCAAUCCAAACAACGAAAGGGUAGACCCGCGGCACAUGUAUGGCGUCACGAACCAGGACAACUUCAGGUGGCCUGCUUUGAGCCAAGGCAUCGAGAGGGAACUUCUCGGAUUCUUCAUGACCACGCUAUUCAUGCCAGGCAUCCCACUGCUCUACUACGGCCAAGAACAAGGUCUCUACGUCUUGACCUCCACGGCGGAAAACUACGUCUACGGCCGUCAGCCCAUGACACCCGCGCCCUCGUCCAUGCUCCACGGAUGCUACGCCCUCGGCGCCUCUUCCUAUGUCGACUUCCCUCUCGGACCCGCCAGGAACGGCUGCGAAGACGAAGGUGUGUCUCGCGACCACCGCGACCCUAGUCAUCCCAUGCGCAAUAUACUCAGAGCCAUGUACGCUAUGCGAGAGAACUACCCCACGCUGUCUGAAGGCUGGCUCAUCCAACCACUGGCGAACCAGACCGAGUACCGGCUGUUAAACGGCAGCUCCGUGCCCACAGAGUUUGGCAUCUGGAGCGUCGCUCGCGCACUCUACCCAGGCUUCGUGCAGGACCAGUUCGCCAAGGACCCGGUGUGGUUUAUCUACCACAACGAGAACGAGACGACCGAGUACAGCUUCGACUGCAGCAACAACUUGACGGGCUUCUUCGCGCCGUUUGAUUCCGGCUCGACGGUGAAGAACUUGUUCUACCCGCACGACGAGCUCACCCUGGCCUCGUCGCCGCAGUUUCUCGGGUUUGAUGGAUCCGAGAAGGCGUCGGGGUGUAUUUCCGAUAUCAUCCUGGACCCUUUCGAAUACCGCGCCUAUGUACCAAAGGCACAGUGGAAGGAAGCGCCGCCCAUGAUCACCAAGUUCACCCCGGGGCACGACAUGUCCAUCGACUCGGCGGAUUACCAGGGCGCCGCCAACAUCAGCUUCUCCUUCUCCCAGGAGAUGGACUGCGAUGCCCUGACGAAAGCCAUCUCGGUAACGUCCACGGUCGAAGGAAAUGGCGGCGAUGCCACGGUCGACGAGACGAGCGUCCAGUGCACGAAGCUAACCGAGGAUGAGAAACCGCCCUACAUCGGCGCCAUCGGCUCAAAGUGGCGCUGGACAGCCACGCUACGGAAUCUCGCGGACGGCGUCCACUCCAUCAAAGUGGUCAACGCCUCCGCCGUGGCAGGGGCCUCGACCGGAUCGACAGACAAGUUUCUCCUCCGCGUCGGCGCCCCCGGAAACCCCAUCGCCUUCCCCAUCUCCGCCAAAUACUCCAACACGCUGCUCACGAAGUCCGACAGCGACCUCUUUGUCAACCACCAAGCGGCGGGAGCAUCGUCCUGGCGGUACUCGACGAACUGGGGGUCGAGCUGGAGUGACUGGACGCCGUACGCGGGCGGCAAGGACAAGAUCGACAGGCUCCCGUGGACGGGCACAGCACUGCAGAGUUGGUCUGGAGACCACGUCAUGGUGCAAUACUGGUCCGCCCCUCUCGGCUCUAGCAGCCUCAUGCAAGAGGGCGACGUAUGGUCAGACACGGGCAAGGUCAAGAGGGAGACGGGCAUCACCUCCACGAAAGCUCGCCGCUUCCCGCACGUCUUUGUUCAAGGUGACUUCAACCAAUUCGGCUUCGACGCCGGGAUCAACAACAAAAUGACCCAGCACAGCACCGACGACGGCAUCUGGGAGAUGCACUUGAUGGCAGAGUGGCCCGAGUCGCUGCAGCUCAACAUCUGGGGCAUCAACCCAGACGGCCGGCCCGAUGCUACUUACGUAUUGGGAGACGUCAACGGCGACGGCGUCGGGGAUCGGCUGCCGCCGAACGCGGUACAGGCCAACUUCUUCAACGCGAGUGUGCCGCCUCCGGGCUCGGCAUUGAGCUAUAAGCUGCGGUUCGACGACGCCACGUUGAAGUUUGAGCUGGUGCCGCAAGGCAACUGGCGGCAGCAGUUGCUGCUGUUUAUCCUGCUGGCUACGGUGCCGAUCGUGACGGGGCUGGCGGUGGUAUGGAUCUUUAUGGGAUCGUUUUACAAAGUCAAGAUCAAUAAGGUCGGGUUUAAGCGCAGGAGCAGGUCGCCAUUUGGUAGGGCUGCGAACCACUUGUCGACGUUAUCGUUUGAUGAUUUCCGGAAAAGGGAUGUCGCAGAGAUGAGCAACUAUGGCGGAGUUGGCGCUGUGACAAAGAGGCGGACGGUUUUGAUUGCUACGAUGGAGUACAACAUCGAUGAUUGGAACAUCAAGAUCAAGAUUGGCGGCCUGGGUGUGAUGGCUCAGCUGAUGGGCAAGGCGCUGGAGCAUCAGGAUCUGGUGUGGGUGGUGCCGUGUGUUGGUGGAAUCGACUAUCCCGUCGACGAAAGGGCAUCGGCCAUGUAUCCGGUAAUUAUGGGAAGAGAAUACGAGGUCCAAGUUCAGUACCACAAGGUGAAGAACAUCACCUACGUGCUUCUUGACGCCCCCGUAUUCCGAAAAUGCAGCAAAGCCGACCCGUACCCACCACGCAUGGACGACAUGGACUCAGCCGUGUACUACAGUGCAUGGAAUUACUGCAUCGCCGAGACAACCAAGAGAUUCCCCAUCGAUCUCUACCACAUAAACGACUAUCACGGCGCAGCCGCGCCCCUCUACCUUCUCCCCGAACGCACCAUCCCUUGCGCCCUCUCCCUACACAACGCCGAGUUCCAAGGUCUUUGGCCGAUGCGCACGCCCGCCGAAUUCGCCGAAGUCGCUUCCGUCUUUAACCUCGACCCGGCCAUCGUCAAGGAAUACGUCCAAUUCGGCUCCGUCUUCAAUCUCCUGCAUGCCGGCGCCUCGUACCUCCGCCUGCACCAGCGCGGCUUCGGUGCCGUCGGCGUCAGCAAAAAGUACGGUGACCGCAGCUUCGCGCGGUACCCGAUCUUCUGGGGCCUGCCCAAGAUCGGCCAGCUACCGAAUCCGGACCCGGCGGAUACGGCAGACUGGAGUCUCGAGGAGACGGCGCCGGAUCGGGGUGGCAACCAGGCGGUCGAGGUGGACGAGGGAAAGGAGUCGAAGCGCGGCGAGCUACGGAAGCAGGCGCAGGAGUGGGCCGGGCUCGACGUCAACCCGGAUGCCGAACUCUUCGUCUUUGUGGGACGGUGGAGUCUGCAAAAGGGCGUUGAUCUCAUUGCUGAUAUCUUUCCGUCCAUCUUGGAGAAAUACCCGAAUACGCAGCUCAUCGCCGUUGGCCCUUGCAUCGAUCUCUACGGAAGGUUUGCGGCGCUGAAGCUGGAAAAGCUGGCGCUGAUGUACCCCGGAAGGGUGUAUAGCAAGCCCGAGUUCACGGCCCUGCCCCCGUAUGUCUUCAGCGGCGCCGAGUUCGCGCUGAUCCCUUCUCGCGACGAGCCGUUUGGACUCGUUGCUGUGGAAUUCGGAAGUAAAGGAGCCCUCGGCGUCGGGGCGAGGGUUGGUGGGCUGGGACAGAUGCCCGGCUUCUGGUACACCAUUGAAUCUACCGCCACAAGCCAUCUCCUCCACCAAUUCCGCAGCUCCAUCGUCGCCGCUCUCGGGUGCAAGCGCACGACGCGCGUGCUCAUGCGCGCCUGGUCCGCCAAACAGCGAUUCCCUGUCAAGCAAUGGCUCGAGGACCUCGAGACUCUGCAGUCCGAAGCCAUCCGUCUGCACAACAAGGAGGCAUCCAAGAAGAAGCGAUCCACGCAUAAGCCCCUACUGACUGUCCCCGCGCGCGGACGCGGGUUUAACUCGGCUGAAGCAUCGCCGCGGUCGUCGUUGUCGUCGUUUCUUUCUCGGCCAUCAAGCCCUGCUGGCACCUUGGAUCGUCGUCGAUCGAGGGAGUCGACCUUAUACCGGGAUUCUCCGCCGGGCUCGCGCCUGCGAACGGCACGAACGCCAAGCCCGUACUUGGAAUUGCCGCUUGUUGCGGCUGAUAUUCGUACACGUGCCCGAUCUGCCUCUCAGCCUCCAGAGCUACGAGUUGAUGGGCCUGCGGCAGGCCAAGAUGUCGAAGAUGGCUUGCUGCUAGUACCGCCGAAUCCGCUCGACGCGAACUCGAACCCGUUCUACACAGGUAUCGGGAACAACUCCUCUUCAGACAGCUUGUCAACCAUGAUGGCGCGCGACAACGGCACGCCGGGCAGCAACCCGUCUGGCCUGCGGCUCGCACCCAUGCAGCACCGCAACUCGUCACUCCUCUCCGUCAACGAGGUCGUCGGCGCACGCAACGACUACGCCCUACAAAAGGUCGAUCCGUUCUUCAACGACAGCACCGACGAGUACUACCGGGCCUUUGAGGAGAAGCUGUCCGGAUUGACGGCCAAGAAUAGCGAGAGCGAGUUGUGCAUCGAAGAGUACCUCGUCGAGAGCGAACGGGAUUGGAGCAAGCGCUUCCGGGAUGCCAAGCUGGGUCGGUCUAAGAGUCCGCGGGGACGUACAGGCAUGAUGGAUGGUUCAGGACGCCCGGGUCAUUCGCGCAACUCGAGCUACAAUAGCAUUGCGCCUAGUGAGGCGGAUAGUGGUGAUGAUGGGAAUUAUCCCGCUGGUGAGGACCCUUCGGAUGAUGAAUUCUUACUAGGCAAGGCGUACAAGGCGCCGACCGGGCUGAAGAAGUUGCUUCAGAUCCGUCUCGGCGACUGGCCCAUCUACUCAUUCUUCCUAGCUCUCGGCCAGAUCCUCUCGGCCAACUCGUACCAAAUUGUCCUCCUCACAGGCAGUACCACUCAGAGUGAAAACAAGCUCUAUCUCAUUGCCAGCGUCUAUCUCGGCACUUCGAUCUUCUGGUGGAUUAUUUUCCGUCGCUUCUCGGCCCUCUACACUCUCACGCUGCCCUUCCUUUUGUACGGCCUGGGAUUCCUUCUGCUCGGCAUAUCGCCGUUUAUCCCUCUUCAUGGCGGCCGUGGAGCCGUCCAAGUCGUCGCCACGUGCCUCUACGCAGCCGCGUCGUCCACGGGCAGCUUAUACUUUGCAGUCAACUUUGGCGACGAAGGUGGCGCGCCCAUCAACAUCUGGCUCUUCCGCGCGUGCAUCAUCCAGGGAAUCCAACAGCUCUACACCGUCGGCUUGUGGUACUGGGGCUCCGUGAUAGCCGGUGCCCCUGUACCCGUGGUCCUCGUCAUCGCGGUCCCCAUCGCACUCAUGCUGUGGGCCGUGGGCCUCGCGCUGUUUUUCGGCUUGCCGGAUUACUACCGCCAAGCGCCGGGGUAUAUCCCGAGCUUCUACGCGAGCUUGAUCCGUCGGAACAUAGUUCCAUGGUUCUUCCUCACGGUGGUUGUGCAGAACUACUGGCUGAGCGCACCGUACGGACGGAAUUGGCAGUUUCUAUUCGCCUCGAAAUACGUCCCAGGUUGGUCGGCCGUCUUACUCGCCGUGGGCUUCUUCGUCGGUGUCUGGACCCUUCUCCUCGUGGCAUUGUCGCGCUUUAGCGUCACGCACCCAUGGCUUGUCCCCAUGUUCAGCGUCGGCCUCGGCGCCCCGCGCUGGGCGCAAAUGCUCUGGGGCACAUCCGGCAUCGGUCUCUACCUGCCCUGGCUGGGCCAUAACGCUGUCGCGAGCGCGCUCCUCUCGCGUGCUCUGUGGCUGUGGCUGGGCGUGCUGGAUACCAUCCAGGGCGUGGGCAUCGGGAUGGUCCUGUUGCUCACGCUAACGAGGCAGCACGUAGCGGCGGCACUGGUUGGCGCCCAGAUUCUGGGGAGCGUCGCGACAAUUCUGGCACGCGCAACGGCCCCGGAUAAGAUUGGGCCGGGUGAUGUGUUUCCUGACUUCUCAGAGGGGAUUAUGCCUGGGGUGUCAAGGGCGUGGUUCUGGGUGGCGUUGGGACUGCAAUUGGUUCUGCCAUUCGGGUACUUCAAGUUUUUUAGAAAGGAACAGGUCAGUAAGCCUUAG